GCGGCGGCGCCUGGCCAAUGGAGAGGCGCGGCCCCGGGCGUCCGGCUGGGCUGCAGGCAUUUAAACCGGAGACGGCGCGAUGCCCCGCACUCGGUGCGCCCUCCGCGGACCGGGCGACCCAGUGUGCAGCGAAAGCCGUACUCUCUGUCUGGCUGACCCCGCGCCAAGCCGGGGCGGCUCGGGCCGCGGUCGCACACCGCGCCCCGCGUCGAGAGCGCAGGCCCCGGAGACCCGCAGCACUGACAGCAUGAGCCGCACGGCCUACACUGUGGGAGCCCUGCUUCUCCUCUUGGGGACCCUGCUGCCCACCGCCGAAGGAAAGAAGAAGGGGUCCCAAGGUGCCAUCCCUCCACCAGACAAGGCCCAGCACAAUGACUCCGAGCAGACUCAGUCUCCCCAGCAACCGGGCUCCAGGAAUCGGGGGCGUGGCCAAGGCCGUGGCACUGCCAUGCCAGGGGAGGAGGUGCUGGAGUCCAGCCAGGAGGCCCUGCACGUGACCGAGCGCAAAUACCUGAAGCGAGACUGGUGCAAAACCCAGCCGCUGAAGCAGACGAUCCACGAGGAGGGCUGCAACAGCCGUACCAUCAUCAACCGCUUCUGCUACGGCCAGUGCAACUCCUUCUACAUCCCCAGGCACAUCCGGAAGGAGGAAGGCUCCUUCCAGUCCUGCUCCUUCUGCAAGCCCAAGAAAUUCACCACCAUGAUGGUCACGCUCAACUGCCCCGAGCUGCAGCCGCCCACCAAGAAGAAGAGGGUCACGCGAGUCAAACAGUGUCGAUGCAUAUCCAUCGAUUUGGAUUAAGCUGGGCAACACCCAGCCUGUCUUAGGGAUGCAGCCUCAGGCAGACCCAGAGCCAGACCUAAAACGACCUGAUUCUUACUUGGCUUCAACUUACAAGCAAGAAGAACCACCAGCUGCCUUCUGACAGGAGCCUGCUAGGGCGUAGUUUGUGUGCAUGAGUGUGCGUGGGUGUCUGGGGGGUGGCAGACGCCAGAGGAGGACGCUUCCUAUUAUGCAAAAGCAUCCGCUUCCAGGGGGCUGGCACGGAAAGCCCACACUUGGGGGAGGCACGUGAAAAGGGGCGGGGCUGCGGUCAGCCUCUGCCGGGGUGUUCCACUUGCCCUCCUGGGACCAGAAUCUCCUUUCUGAAUGAAUGUUAAUGCAAGAGGCUACUCUGAGGGCAAGAGACCUGUUUUAGUGCUGCUUUAUACUUGGAAAAGGUAUUUCCACCUGCGCCUGCUUCUUCCCGUCCUCCUCCCCCUUCCACAGUCCAUCCCUUCUUAGGAUCUCAGUGACUAUUUCAGUCUAAUUCCUUCUCUGCCCGGGACUCUUAAUUAGCUCAUUCCACCAUAGACGUGACUGUUUCUCAUUUUGGGAAGGGUCUUCCGACUCCAGGAGGCUGGUGUGCGCAAAGGACAAGAGGGACACAGGAGGGAGAGGUGGGUGGGAUGGACGGGUGGGGGAACCAGUUGGGCGCAACACGAGUUCCCGCGGGAGACCUGCAGAGUCUUGAAAGGCCAACCCCCAAACAGUGCAACCCAUGCUUCAGCGAGUUUUUCCCUGGUAUUUAACAGAAACCAAGUGAACAGAGGAGAAAUGAAAUUGCCAAAAAAUCACUAACUUUGGCUGUCACUGUGAUAUGCUGACAUUGGCUGUAACACAACACCACACUUAAAACAUAAAUAUUGGCCAGUCUUAUUUUCAGAACCGGGUGAGUGAGCGAAACCAAGAGGACCCCCACCCCCGACUCCGCCCCUCAGGCAGAAAAUAGACGUAGUUCAGAAACCCCUGUGCAGCGAUAGGAAGAAAACGAACACCUCAUAAGCAGAAGGUCCCCGUAUCUUUCCGUUUGCUUGGUUGUAACCACCUCUUUCCCAGCUUAUUAUUUCUGUGUAAUGCUUGUGAGAGCCACAGCCCUGUAUUAGAAAGAUUCUCCCUUUGCUGUCCUUGUCAGUGAACCAGGCUAAGAGGGGAGAGUUGAGGGUCUGCUCCUUUUGAGCUAGAAGUAUAUUAUGGGUCUUUUUGUUUCAGUCAUUGGUAGGAGAUUGAGCAGGGGACCAGAAGAGAAUAAAGAAAUAAAGGAGACUGCUUCUGGCUAAGGAGUAGUUUAAUACGGGGAGGAAGUGUAAAGGAUGUGUCCUCCUCAUCUUUCCUUGCCUUCUCAGGGUCUAAUGAGAAAUCCCAGUUGAGAAUCAGAGCAUUUGCAGGGGAAAAAAUCCGAGCAUUUGGGUGCGUUAGCUGUCUCUCUACUAGAGGUGGGAUUCGGGCAACACUGUAACCAUCCAGAACCUACUGGUAGACCCCUCCACUGAUUAAACUCUGGCUCCUCCCCAUCCCUACUUAGGAUUUAUCUGAUGGCCAAAGUGUGGGGCAGGUGGACCUUACAGCGGUUUGGAUUUGGCUCUUUAAGCCUGAGGUUUUCUAUGUAAAUCUGUCCCCACCCCCCAGAACCCUUUUUUUGCCUUGUUCCUUCUCAUCCUUGCUAGCCAAGUCACGUGUGAUAGGGGAAACAAGCACCAUUGACUUAGCAUUUUAGUUGCCCAUCUAAGGUGCCAGCAUUGCACUAAAGAGCCUGCUUUUAUUUUAUUUUAUUUUAUUUUAUUUUUUAUUUUUUUUUUUUUUGGUGUGGCGCUCUUCCAUCUAGCAGCUAAGCCAGAACCAUACUUUGAGGCAGAAGUUAUCUUGAACACCCAAAAUAUUGGGUCGAGUUUUGAAACUUUCGAACUCACUACUGAUGAUUCCACACGAGGCAAAUUUGCCCGAACACACAGUUCGUGUAUUUCGCGUACACUGUAUGGCCCUGCCCUAAAUCUCUCCAUCAUCCACAUCCUCCAACAAAAAAGCACAGAAUGGAUUUAAUUAAGCACACGAAUACUAAGCCAGAAUUUUGAGGGUGGGGGAGAGGAAAAGAAGGGGGAAGGAGCUGAACAUGUAAAACCACACUAGAAAGGAAAAUGACAUUCAGAACCAGCAGACACUGAAUUUCUCUUGUUGUCUUAACUCUGCCACAAGCAUACAAUUUUGUUAAAAAGAGAUGACUUAAGUUGGCAGCAGUAAUCUUCUUUUAGUAGCUUGUACCACAGUCUUGCAUGUAAGUCAGAUUUGGCUUAAGUAAAGAGAAUUUCCUCAAAAUUAACUUCCCUGGGAUAAUCAGCAGCAUAACUACUCUGAAAAAAACAAAAACAAAAACAAAAAAAACACAACCCCCCAAAACAGCACUAGCCAAAGAGGGAAAUGUCUGCUUUUCUUACUGUGCCUAUAUUAAGACUAGCAAAGAAUGGUGUGUCUUCCAACAUUUAUUGACAGUGCCAUAUCUAUUACAUAUUGUAUUGGAGUCACUGAUGAAAAGUAUGUUUUUUUCAUUACUAUAGUAGAAUUUUUUAUGGCAAGAUACUUGUGAUAUCUAUCUUUCCUAUUAAAAUAAUGCCAAACACCAAAUAUGAAUUUUAUGAUGUACACUUUGUGCUUGGCAUUAAAAGAGAAAAACACACAUCCUGUGAGUCUGUAAGUUGUUUUUUUUGUUAUUGUAGUUCUUCAAAGUUAAAAAUGUAAGUGAAAAAUCUGGAGGAAACGAUAAUUUCCACUGUGUGGAAUGUGAAUAGUUAAACAAAAAGUUAUGGUUAUUUAAUGUAAUUAUUAAUUCAAAUCCUUGGUCACUGUGAUUUUGAGCAUUUGUUUUUUCUCUUUUUAUUUGACUUCCUCUGAGUUGAGCAAAGAAGAAAGUGGCACAUUAUAUGUUGUUGGAGGCUUUAAUCAGGUCAGAGGGAAACUACAAAAUCUUGACACAUAUGAACAUGUGUUGUAAGAGUCAGGACCUGAACUUUUGCUUUUUUUAAAAUCAAAUGUUCCUUAAAGGUUAACAUUUCUGAAGCAAUAAGAAGAGAGAUUUUAAAUGUAAUUUUGGAUGACAUCUGACGUGUGUAUACAAAUAGCACAUAAUAACGAAUAGUUCACAAGUCCUUUGAAGGAGAAAAUCUUAAAUGAAAAGUGUAUGUACAGAACAUGUCUAAAUGACCAGCUAAUGCUUAAGAGUGGAAGGAGUUCUAUUGACUUGUCAUUCUCAAGAUAUUUAAUAUCAACUGCAUUAUGUAUUAUGUGUGCUUUAAUCAUGGAAAACCAACAGAGGAUUAUAUAGAUUAUGAUUGAGUUACUGUGUUAAUGUAUGAGGAUGAGAGGCGAUUUAAUAGUCUCAUAAAAGUUAAUUUGGUUUAAAGCAAAGUUUAUGAAUCUGUAACUAGAAUUUGAUUUUAAUCCCAAUUAUGUUCUAUAUCACCUUUCCCAAAGAGCAACCAAUAAAUUGAAACUCUUCUUGGUGUGUGUGUGUGUGU